AUGAAUUCAAAACUUCAAAUUUACCAUGAAAAACAAGUUAAAGAACUUUGUGCUUUACAUGCGCUGAAUAAUUUAUUUCAGAUGCGCAAUACAUUUUCAAAGUCAGAUUUAGACACAAUCUGUAGGAGUUUAUCACCAAAUGUUUGGAUCAAUCCACACAGGUCAUUGCUUGGAUUUGGAAACUAUGAUAUUAAUGUAAUAAUGGCAGCACUUCAAAAGCAGGGCUGUGAAGCAAUAUGGUUCGAUAAAAGAAAAGACCCUGGUUGCUUGGAUUUAUCAAAUAUAUGUGGAUUUAUACUAAAUGUUCCUUCUGAUUAUAAGUUAGGUUUUGUCAUGUUGCCAAUUCGGAGAAGACACUGGAUAACAAUACGUCAAAUUCAAGGAAACUUUUACAAUUUGGAUUCCAAACUAGAUGCACCUCAACUGAUUGGAAGGAGUACGGAUUUAAUAGCAUACCUGAAACAACAGCUGGACUGCAAAGAAAAGGAACUGUUUGUGGUCGUCAGUAAAGAAGUAGAAGAGAAGCAACUGUGGAUACACCAAUAUGCUAUUAGCAAUAGGAUACUUGAUUCAAACACAAAUGAGCCAUCGAUAACCAACUGUGAAAGUGCGGACAGUGUAAACUCUGAAAAUGAAUAUAAAAAUAGGGAUGCAGAGAUCCUUAGACUGAAUGAAGUUAGAAACUGUAUAGACAAUAGCUUUUAA